UAACAGUCACAGCAUGGUACAUUGCUGCUGUUAGUUUCAAAGUUCAUAUAUGGACUUCUUUUUACACUGCACAUGUGGUUUAUGAAUGAAGUCUGAUUGCAAGAAGAAUUUAAGUGAAAAUAAGUGACAGGUUUGUGGAUAAAAGAAAGCAUAGACAAUGGUAGACACCAAUGAGAUGACAAUCAACCUUGUUGUCCUUGGAAAAACUCAGACUGGCAAGAGUGCUGCUGGGAACAGCCUGCUGGGCAGCUCAGACUUUGAGAGCCGUCGCUCCCCAAGCUCUGUGACUACAUGCUGUAGCCUUGGACGCAGCUGCCGCAUUUUGGGGAUUAUGCGAAGAAAUGGCUGCGAGCUGGCUCUCCGCGUUCGAGUACUUGACACUCCAAGCUACCCUCACAGUGCUCUGAGCAAGGAGCAGGUGAGAGACAUCGUGGGAUCAGCCCUGGCUCAACACUUCGGGGAGGAAGGCCUGCACCUGGCUCUCUUGGUCCUGCGGGCUGACUUGCCUCUGUGUCCGGAUGAGAGUAAUGAUGCAGUUCAGUUCAUCCAGGAACUUCUGGGUCCCACAUGGAAGGAUUUCACUGCAGUUUUACUUACUCAUGCAGAUAAGGCAGAAGAAGCUGGAUGCAGUGAAGAAACAUACUUGCACAGUGCCUCAAGUACUCUGUUGUCACUUUUGAGCUCAGUACAGCAUAAAUACAUUUUCCUAGACAACCAGAAGAGCAUAAUUAAAGAGGAAAGAACCAUUGUCUUAAGAAAGCUCUUGAAUUUUAUAAGACAAAAUAAUUAUCAAGUGCUUUUACUUAAAAACAGCAAGGAAUAAAAUAAGCUUUCAGGUGCUCAUUUGUCUAUUUUCUAUGGUAGGUAACAUUUAAUAGAAAUAAAAAAGUAGAAGCCAUCAGCUGGAAAACUCCACAUCCACACCAAAUACCUUUGAACACACAAUUAGAAAUAUCUCUUUAAAUUACCAAACUACUUGCCUUUCAUAUAAUACCUUACACUACUGCAUCCAGAAUCCUAGCUUCAACCACAAAAUCAGAAAAAGUCAGUGCUCUAAAAUCACGCCCUUAAUACGUAUGUAGUCACAAAUGAGAUUUUGUACUACAUCAGAUUGUAUAUUCCAGCUCAAACAGAAUAUACAUCUGGAAGAUG